AAAUUAAGAGGUCACAAGCAGGGCCAGUGGGCCGAAUUUUCCGGGCCAAUUACCUCUUUUUCUCAAGGUUUUACUAGCUAAAAACAAAGGGUGCUCACAAUGUCGUCUCCUAAUUCUGAAACUGCCUUGGAGGCUGGAGCAGAGACUAGCCAUCAGUACAUCGACCCAAUUAAAAGAAUAAAAAGCGUUGAACAUGUAGCAGCAUGGGAGAAAUCUCAGGCAUACCAAGAUUUCAUGGGUUUCAUCAUGUUAGUGAACACGUCUGUAAAGGGCAAAAAAAUCACAGAGUGUACUACUAGUUCCGAGAUUUGCAAGAAACUGAUCGAGAUGCUGGACACUUUAAACACGUGGAUGGAUGAAAUGCCUCCCACGGACCAACCACAGCGCUAUGGCAACAAAGCUUACAGAGAUUGGCACAAGAAACUAUGUGAAAGUUCGGAAUCGUUAAUCCAAGCAGUUGUGCCCGAGGAGCAACACCCAGCUGUCCGGGAACUCAAGGGCUACCUGAACGACGGCUUCGGGAACGCCACGCGGAUAGACUACGGCUCCGGCCACGAGAUGAACUACGCAGCGUUCCUGUGCUGCCUGUACAAACUACGGGUCCUAACAGAAGCUGAGUCCAUGGAAGUUGCACUGGGAGUUUUUAAAAGGUACUUAGAGGUAACCAGACGACUACAAACGUGGUACCACAUGGAACCGGCAGGAAGUCACGGCGUGUGGGGACUGGACGACUUUCAAUUUAUACCCUACAUCUGGGGCAGUGCACAGCUAACAACUCAUGCACCACUCUUGCCGAAAGAUUUCAGUGAACAGAAAAUGGCAGUUGAGCACAGCAAAGAGUACAUGUUCAUGGAAUGCAUUCGAUACAUCCAUGAAUGCAAGACAGGGCCAUUCUUUGAGCAUUCACCAACUCUCUGGGGGAUGACGUCGGUACCUUAUUGGGAGAAGAUUAACACAGGACUCGUCAAGAUGUACAAAGCAGAGGUUUUACAGAAGUUUCCUAUCGUGCAGCAUUUUCUAUUUGGGACCGUCUUGAGUUUUGAGAAAGCAACUUGAGUCGUCCUAGUGUCUUUUAUUUUGUAUUUAAAAUAUACACAUGU